GUGCAAAGGCUGCGCACGUCGCUGCAAGGGAGGAGGCCCCCCCCGAAGGCGCCCCCGGGGGCCCCGGCACACCUGCAAGAAGCUCACGCGCGGCGCCUGGCAGAGAUCGGAGCCCAGGCGCAGAGUCUGGAGAAGCUCCGGGCAGGUACGAGGCCCCCCGGGGUGCGCAGGGAGCCCCGUGUCCCCCCCCCCCCCGCAGGGCGCAGACGCAGCCUCGCUCUCCCCGCAGAGGUCGGGCAGCAGCUCGGCAGCCUGGCGGGGGGCUCCGGCGUGCUGGCGCAGCUGAUGCUGGCGAUGCAGGCCCACGAGGAGAGGACGCAGCUGGCUCUGGACGCUCUCGGGGACCGCGUGGAGAGGCUGCAGGCGCGGACUCCGCAGGGCCUCCCAGCAGGGACGAAGGAGGACGUAGCAGCCCCCCUGGGCCUCCAGGACCUGCCAGCCAGCGGGGGCAACCUGACAUCGGAGAUCCGGGCCCUGCACACGGCCUAUCUCCAGGCGGGGGGCAGAGACCCCGCAGUCCUGGCCGGAGUGGGGGAGCUCUACCUGGAGGCGGCCCUGCUGGAAGGGAGGCCUCAGCAGAAGCGGAAGGCCAGAGCUGGUCCCCGGCCGCCGGACACACGGCUGCAGACCCUGGACGCGCUGAAUGGGCAGCUAGAGGCCGAGAUCCUGGCUCUGCAGAUCCAGAGAGGAGGCCGCAGGGCCCUGCAGG